AGGUUUACUUCACCACCCUCCCUCCCUGCCCGAUAUUCGUCAGUAAUGAGUGCUUCAAUACCUAUCGAAGUCGAAGUGGUUGAUGACGGGAUGAGUCACGCAUCCGCUUUCCAUGAUGGAAGUGUGCAGCAUGUCAUCACGGACACUACCCGGCAUGAUGGAUUAUCAACCACUGCCAAAGAAGAUGCGACAAAGGUGUUCUUUUCGCAUAGUAGCAAAGAUAGUGCCUGGGUCAAGGAAACUGUAGAGAGAUUAGAGCAAAAUCAUAGCAUUGAGUGUCUGUUUGAUGAAAGAGAUUUUAUUGCUGGCAGACCCAUAGUUGAUAAUAUUAUUAGAUGCAUCCGAAACACGGAUAGAACAGUUUUGGUGUUGACUCCUGAUUUUCUUGAUAGCCCAUGGUGUGGCUAUGAAGCUCAGAUGAUUUUCAGUGAACAUCUUUUUCGAGAACAGAAGAUAAUGAUCCCAGUGUUGCUGAGUGAGUGCAUUGUACCAGAUUUUAUGAAACAUCUUACCUAUCUUGAUGUCAGAGAUCCACAGUUCUGGGACAAAUUUCUGGAGAUAUUACUCUUAGACGAUACAAAUGUGGAAAUACACGACUCAAUGUUAGAACAGUUUUCUUCCGGGUCUGAAACAGUAAAAUUUAAUGGUAAAAGUAUCCUGCCAGUGAACAUGAACUUGACUCUUGAUACUACUAGGAUCUAUGAAUCUCUUGCAUCAAAAGGAAUCCGGGUCCCUCAAGACAACAUACAUGCCGCGGUUGAAAUUCUGACAAGAAGCUCCCCAGUCCGCUUUAGCUGUUGCUAUGGGUGUUGUAAAUCACACGCAAUGCGAAUAAUACUAUGGAUAUUUUCUCUUUUGUCUAUAUCGGUUUCAUUGGUUUAUUUUCUAGUAUUCGCGAUUCUCAUCCAAUCAUUUGAUGGAAUUCCAGGGACUGUAUUCUAUUGCUUUGCAGUCGCGUUGAUUACUAGUAUGACAUUACUUAUAUGCAUGUUAAAGUGUGGUCGCAUACAUAAAAAGCCUGAACGCGAGGCAAAUCUUCUCCUCAUGGACCACGGUGUCAUUCUUGGAAUAGUACCUUCAACGUCAAGAAGAUGCAUGUAUGACAUACAUUUUGUCCAUUUCCGAACUGCUAAAUGCUUGCGUACCCUGGAACGAUAUUUGAAAAGUAAGACCAAGAACAAGUUUCAAAAGAAACGAUCUGAUAACAUAAUUACUGUUGAAGACACUGACGACAGCAGUAAUUUAAUUGACAGUUCAGCGAUAAUUACAAAAGAAGAAGAACACAUUAAGGAAACUGCCCGGAAUUAUGUGGCUAAUUUAUGUGGACGAUACGUUAGACGGAUACAUCAAGAUAAGUUGCGCAAUCCAACUGGUGGAGUUCGACAUUGCAGUAAAGGAGUCUGUCUUUGUCAGUUUGUACAGAUAGAGUACUUUAAGGAGUCUGUUUGAAAUGGACGUUAAUUUAUUUAUCAUUACAUUUUGGUAGCAUCGCAUCUGUAACGCGUUGUAACGCGCGUAAAACCAUUGAUUGUUCGCAUACAAUUCGAUUCUGCGUUCUUCCCGACGACCGCCUCCUUUACAUGACUGAGAGUAUUUUGACGUCAUUGAUUGGUAAUUGUUUUUACAAAGACGCUGAUGUUCUAAUUCACGUGUUUCCAAAUUUAUAUAUUCCUUGAUAUUCCGAUUUUGAUCUCACUGAUAUUGUAUUAAGUAUAAUAUAUUUUAACUUGGACUUUGGCAUGAUGUUAUUCCUAGCCACACAACCCGUCAUCUUAAUGAUUAUACCUUGGUUGACUUUUAGCUGACUUUCAUCUGUCAAAAUGAUUGUUAUUACAUUGGUAUAUGUAUUGUUUAGUUUGCAGUUCACAUACAUACAAACCUUGGCUAAGCCACGUUUUUUGGACAUUUAGAGGCGAAUAGGAAUUAAACUCCUUUAUUUAUAGAAA